CCAUGCUUUCAUAUUCAUAUCGCUUUAACCAUCUCUCUCUCUCUCUUCUCUCACUCAGACACAGACACACAGCAAAGCUUCCCAUCUGAAAGGAGUUUCAUGUCCUUAAGGACCAUAUAACCUAUCUCUCUCUAGGAAUUAAAAAAAUAGAAGAUAGAGAGAGAAACUAUGGCUCACAUAAAGAUCUAACAGAGUCGGUAGUCCCACUUCCCCACCACAACCAUCUUUGAUCAUCAUCAUCAUCAAUAUGGAUCCUGAUCCAGAUCAUCAUCAAAGACCAAACUUCCCUCUCCAGCUUCUUGAUUCUUCUUCCUCCUCUUCCACUUCCUUAGCCAUCAUCCCAUCAGCUUCGUCUUCCGAACCUAACUCCGACCCCAACGCUCUCUCCAAGAAACCACCUCCAAAGCGAACCUCAACAAAGGACAGACACACCAAAGUCGAAGGCCGGGGCCGUAGGAUCCGUAUGCCGGCCAUGUGCGCCGCACGUGUCUUUCAGCUCACACGCGAGCUCGGUCAUAAAUCCGACGGUGAAACCAUCGAGUGGCUUCUCCAGCAAGCUGAGCCGGCGGUUAUAGCCGCUACGGGGACGGGAACCAUACCGGCUAACUUCACUUCUCUUAAUAUCUCACUUCGUAGCUCAAGAUCCUCUCUCUCUGCUGCUCAUCUUCGUACAACUCCGAGCAACUAUUACUUCCACUCGCCUGCGAUGGCUCAACAUCAUCAGCAGCAGCAGCUUCACCAGGUGCGUCCCAAGAAUGAGUCGCAUUCUUGCUCUUCUUCUCAGCUCGUGGAUCACAACCAGAUGGGGAACUAUCUAGUACAAUCAACGGCUGGAUCUUUGCCCACUAGCCAGACUCCUGCCACGGCCCCGUUUUGGAGUAGUGGUGAUAGUACGCAGAAUCUAUGGGCUUUUCAUCAUUCCGGUGACGUUUACAACACAAGCAGCGGUGGUGGUGGUGGCAGCGGUGGAGCGGGUGGUGGAGGAGGAGUACAUUUGAUGAACUUCCCAGCGCCGUUUGCUUUGUUUUCCGGACAGCCUUUGGCGUCUGGUUACGGUGGAGGAGGAGAACAUAACCAUUACGGAGUUUUAUCGGCGUUAAACGCUGCGUACCGGCCGGUUCAGGAGACGGAAAACCAGCAAAACCGCGAUGGAGAUCAUCAUCACAACCAUCAAGAAGAUGGAAGCACAAGUCGUCAUUCCUAGGCAAAAAAGAAAACACACACAAACAAUAUAUCUGUGAGAUUUUUUUUGUCCUUUCGUUUGUUUGAUUGUUUUUAAACAAGCGUGUUUUGUUUUGCAUUGCUUUUUUCAUAUAUUUUUUUUCUUUAUAAACUUCCACGAGUUCUGAUCGAGUUUCAUUAUUCUUCUGAUUAAUGUAUUAAGUACGUAAGAACGUGAUUUUUCGAUAUGUUUUAGUAUGUAGCAUUUGUCUUGUGAAAUGUUUUUCUCGUUACUCUUGAGUGUGAUGUGAAGAGUAUUCUAAUGA